GGUAUUCAGUUCCUGUUCGAUCACUACAAAGAAAACCGGGGCGCAAUCCUGACUGACGAUAUGGGUCUGGGCAAGACUAUCCAGACGAUUGCUCUCCUGUACGCAGUGCAGCAUAAGACCGGAAGAUACAAGGAUGAUAAGAUGCCGGACACUGUCAGAAGGGUGAUGAAGAAGCAGAUCACGCGAAGGCCGGUAUUGAUAACCACCCCUGCGUCCAUCUGCGCACAGUUCAAGGCAGAGAUUGAGACCUGGGGCUAUUUUGAGGUCUACCACGUGAAUGGCACCACACACACUGUGCAGCAGGUGGAGCAGUUGAUUGGCCACAAUGCAUUGGACAUCGUCCUGUGCUCACAUGAUAACUUAGCAUCGAAUGUCGAGUUUUACAACACUAUCAAUUGGGAUAUGAUCGUAGUGGACGAGUUACAUAAAAUCAAGACGCUGACUAGUGCGCGCAGGAAGGCGUUUGACCAGCUCCUCUGUGUCCGCAGGUGA